UGCCCUUGUUCAGAAACUGAAAAACUCACAUUGAAACGUCAUGUCAACAUUUUGGUCUGCAUGUUUCUUGGCGAGUGUCGGAAACAGUUCUUAGGGUAAAGUCUAAAGAUACGGAAUGUCAGACUCGGAGUACCCUACACUACCGCUAGAACCGGCGUGCAAUGGCCAGGAGCUGAUCUCUACUGUCAACAAUCUAACGUCGUUGACCCGUCUGACGCGCUGCGUCGUCGCGAACACAUUGGGUGUUUGGAUCGUGGCGGGAAUUCAGUUCGGCUUGAACGGCGAGGUGUUCCUUGCUCGUCCCGCCGAGCACUGGACAUGUACGGCAGUGAUCGACAACGUGACGGAGACGUUGACCGACUCCAACUGUUCUAUCUGGAAUGAACACAUGUGCCAAGAUGUUGUUCAUACGCUACAUAACGAGCGAACAGUUGCGGCAAAGUACAAUUUGCUUUGUGACCAGGAAAAGCAACUCAAGCUUGCAGAGAUACUGUUCUCUAUGGGUUUGCUGGUUGGCGGGCUGGCAGCAGGAGUACUUGCGGACGUGUUUGGACGGCGUGUUUCCCUGCUUACGGGACUGACAUCACUCAUCGUAUCGGGCAUCUGGACGGUGCUCUCACCCAACUACUACAGCUUUGCAGCGUCACGAUUUCUUGCAGGCGCAGCCAGUCAUGUGCUACUGCUAGCUAGCAUUGUGCUGAGUAUCGAGUUCGUCCCGAUUCGGAUGCGCGCCAUUGUCACGCCAGCAUCAAACGGAGCCUUUGUUGUGGGCCUUUGCUUGCUAGCAUUAGUCGGUUAUCUGAUGCGUUCUAACUGGGUUCGCAUGGACAUCCUCACAUGGUGUCUGGCCAUCCCCUUUCUUAUUAUGACAUGGAUAUUACCCGAAUCGCCGCAGUGGCUCUACUCUCAGCGGCGUAAUGCCAAGCUUGCAGCCACAGUGGAGAAGAUCAUGCACUGGCCGUUCAGAGGCUCUACACACAGCUCUGCAACGGAUACUUUUCAGCUUGUCGAGAGGCAAGCGUUUGGAGGUGUUCACGAAGACUGCGAGGUUACCCACGAGCCAAAAGCAGCUAAAAAGGAAACCUGGAAAAUCGUGCGGCUAGUACGCAGUGAUCUCCGCUACCACAUCCUCAGUCUCUUCUUUAUCUGGCUUACGGCAUCUUCCAUAUAUUUCGGACUUUUGUUCACAAAGAACGGCCUGUCCAGUGACCUCUACGUCAACUUCUUCCUGAUCUCCCUGGCUGAGCUACCAUCUGGUAUCACGUCCAUGUUCUUGAACAGAAAGUUUAAUAGAAAGCCUGUGCUACUGGCCUGUGAAACAGCGACACUUCUAGCAUUGGUUAUCGUGGCCGUGAUCUUCUGGAAAUUCCCAGACGACACGACCGAGCAAACCGUGAAGCUGGUCUUUGCCAUGCUGCUCAAGUAUAUUGUGACGGUGGUGAUGGUGUCCUUGUUCUUGGUGUGUCCAGAGGUGUUCCCCACGGAUGUCAGAGCUCUGGCCGUGGCGAUUAUCACAACUGCAGGCAGUGGAGGGGCCUUCAUGACCCCUUUCCUGGAAAGAAUAGGAGUCACCCAGCCGGGCCUGAUCUACACAAUACAAUCCGGGAUGAUGUUGGUUUCCAUCGCGCUGACCACGCGGAUCCCGGAAACCAAGGAUCGAACACUAACAGGUGAUGGGGCCGUUUGACAUCAAUCUCACCUAUGUUGUAAGGCAAUUCAACCACUACGAACACCACCCCUCCACCAUGAUUCCAUGAGAAAGGUACAGGAGCUGGACAUCCACACCGACAUCGGAUGAUCGUUCCAGCGGCUCUACUGCUGGUUGGUGCGCGCAGAAGGGACGCUGCGAGCGUUCGUGUUUGUACAGACUUCACAUGUCUGAUGUUGCAGUCGCCUAAUGUGUAAUCUGUAACUUUGCCAUGUUGUACUCACACCCAGAUAUUCUCGGCAAAAAGGAUCUAGAGAGACUUUUAUGACAUUGCAGGCCUAUGAUUAUUAAUUUCAUGCCCAUAUCAAAUUUAAAAAAGAAUCAACACGCUCACGCGCGCACGCACACACACACACAAACACACACACACACGCGCGCGCGCGCGCACACACACACACACGCGCGCACACACACACACACCACACACACACACUCACACACACACACAUGCACACACACACGUGCACACACACACGUGCACACACACACACACACACAUGCACACACACACACACACACACACAAAACUGCAGUAUAUUAUGCUAUUCACCACCAUAGCUUUAUACAGCACGGUCACAGCUGCAGGCUUCCAACAUUCAAGGCAAAUGCAGAAUCUAUUUUUGCUGAUGGCCAUGCAUGAUUGGCCUGACGUUCUCAGUGGAGGCAACUAAUGACUGUAGAGUAAAGUGACUCGCCUCUCCUAGUACAGUAUUUGAUUUUGUACGGAGUCUUCUCCAUUUGUCUUUGUCCGAAUUCCGAUCUAGAAAUUUCCUAGAAAAGGAGAUCAGCCCCAAUACAAGUGGUCAAAGACCGAGUAUCCCGCUCACUGCAUCCAUGCUUUCCUCGUGCCAGGCCACGAGUUCCCUGUGGGUCGCAGCACGGCUGGAAAAGAAUCCUUCCGCUUCCAAGCAGGACUUGUACCAGGUACCCUCUGUUUCUCAAUCAUAGUCGUAGGCCAUCCCACUAUGCCUGCCUGGAUGAACAAUGAAAAACAAUGGAAAAUGAACAUUUCUUGCCUACUAAGUCCCCUCCCUGCCGGAAGUGCGCACUAUACUCAAGAUUUUAAGUCCGUGCGA